GACAGGAGGAGAGGAGAGAGAAGGAACUGGAAGUCUUUUGCCGGCCCAGUGCUGCGACCUGUGCGCGAUGUGUGUGCGGGGAGACUAGAGGGGCGGAUCCAGGCACGGCAAGGUAGAUCUUUUCGGGAGUAGAAAAGGGGAAGGCUGCCAGGGACCGAGGGAAGCACUGCUCCUGCUGCUGCUCCUCCUGACCUUCCUGCUUCUCGCCUGGCUCCCGCUUCUCCUCCCGUGCCCCGACGCCAGAGGGGAAGGAAGGAAAGGGCGACGACGAGGUGGAGCCGGAGGGCAUGAGCUUCGGCGAUCUCCUCGGCGGUGCCGGGGACGCGGCCGGCGCGCCGUACCCCCCGUACGGCGUCUUCGCGUCGUCGCCGGCCCUCCCCCUCGCCGUGGCCGACGCCGGGCGCCGCCGCGGCGGGAGCGGCGAGCGGGCGGGUUCGGUGGCCCACGGCGGCGGGAACGCGAAGGACGCGCCGGAGGCGGACGACGGCAGCCGGUCGCCAAUCGGCGACCACAUCGACGUCGUCUUGGUUUGCGGCGGCGGCGAGGACGACGACGAGGACGGCGAGGCCGCGAACCCGCGCAAGCGCAAGAAGCGGUACCACCGCCACACGCCGCAGCAGAUCCACCAACUCGAAGCGGUGUUCAAGGAGUGCCCCCACCCGGACGAGAAGCAGCGCGCCGAGCUGAGCAAGCGCCUGGGCCUGGAGCCACGGCAGGUCAAGUUCUGGUUCCAGAACCGCCGCACGCAGAUGAAGAACCAAAUGGAGAGGCACGAGAACGCGCUGCUGAAGCAGGAGAAUGACAAGCUGCGCGCCGAGAACCUGUCCAUCCGGGGGGCCAUGAGGGACACGGUGUGCGGUGGCUGUGGCGGCCCAGCUUUGCUCGGGGACAUGUCACUGGAGGAGCACCACCUGCGCCUCGAGAACGCGAGGCUCAGGGACGAGCUCACCCGAGUCUGCGCCCUCACGGCCAAGUUCAUCGGCAAGCCCAUUUCUACCAUGGCGCUGGCGCCCGUGCAGCAGCUUCAUCCCAUGCCAGGCUCGUCACUGGACCUUGCAGUCACUUGUGUUGGGUCUGUGCCACCAAGCACAAUGCCUGUCUCGACGAUCUCCGAGCUUGCUGGCAGCGUGUCCAGCCAAAUGGGCACGGUGAUCACGCCCAUGGCGACCGCACCAUCAGCGAUGACUAGUAUUGACAAGUCCAUGUUCGUUCAGCUAGCGAUGAGGGCCAUGGAUGAGCUUGUCAAGAUGGCGCAGAUGAAUGAGCCCCUGUGGGUUCCAAGUGUUUCCUCACCUGGCUCACCAACCAUGGAGACGCUGAACUGGAAAGAGUACUCGAAGACAUUCUCGCCAUGCGUUGGGCUGAAGCCUAUUGGGUUUGUGUCUGAGGCCUCGAGGGAGUCUGGCAUUGUCGCCAUUGACAGCGCUGCUCUUGUGGAGUUCUUCAUGGAUGAGGUACGGUGGUCCGACAUGUUCUCUUGCAUUGUUGCCAAGGCAUCGACUAUUGAGGAAAUCUCAGCUGGGGCUGUGGGAAGCAGAGAUGGUGCAUUGCUGCUUAUGCAGGCAGAGCUACAAGUGCUUUCACCUCUUGUCCCUAGAAGGGAGGUGACAUUUCUUAGGUUCUGCAAUCAGCUUGCUGAGGGUGUGUGGGCUGUAGUGGAUGUUUCCAUUGAUGGACUGGAGAGGGAUCAGUGCCUAGUUACAAACAUGAAUUGCCGCAGGCUGCCUUCAGGUUGUGUGGUGCAAGAGAUCCCCAAUGGCUGCAAGGUCACAUGGGUUGAGCAUACAGAAUACCAUGAGGCAUCCGUGCACCAGCUCUACCAGCCUCUUCUGUGCUCUGGCCUCGCCUUUGGUGCAGGGCGGUGGCUUGCAACACUGCAACGCCAGUGCGAGUGCUUGGCUAUCCUGAUGUCAUCAGUUGCAGUGCCAGAGCAUGACUCAUCAGCGGUUCCGCUGGAAGGGAAACGGAGCUUGUUGAAGUUGGCACAUAGGAUGAUGGAGAACUUCGGUGCAGGGGUGAGUGGAUCAUCUGCAGAAUGGAGCAAACUGGAUGGCUUAACAGGCAGCAUGCGGAAAGAUGUUCGUGUCAUGGUACGAAAUAGUGUGGAUGAACCUGGUGUGCCACCAGGUGUGGUGCUCAGUGCCGCCACAGCAGUCUGGAUGCCUGUGACACCUGAGCGGCUCUUCAACUUCCUUCGCAACGAGGGGCUGCGUGCUGAAUGGGACAUCCUCAGUAACGGCGGCCCUAUGCAGCAGAUUGUACGCAUUGCCAAGGGGCAACUGGAUGGCAACUCUGUAACUCUACUGAGAGCUGAUCAUACAAACACGCACCUGAACAGCAUCUUGAUUCUUCAAGAGACGUGCACCGACAAAUCUGGUGCGAUGGUUGUCUAUGCCCCAGUGGACUUCCCGGCAAUGCAGCUUGUGAUGGGUGGAGGGGACUCGACUAAUGUGGCACUCUUGCCAUCAGGUUUCGCCAUUCUGCCUGGCAGGUCUUGCACUGGUGGAGUUGGGCACAAGACAAGCGGAGCGCUGCUCACCGUUGCAUUCCAGAUCCUUGUCAACAGCCAGCCGACCGCAAAGCUCACCAUGGAGUCAGUAGACACUGUUUACAGCCUCAUCUCCUGUACCAUCGAGAAGAUCAAGGCAGCGCUUCACUGCGAGGUCUGAACUUGGGAGCAGGAGACUUUUGGCCUGGAGGGAGCAUCUGGUGACCAGCCUGAGUCAAGAACGAACCGCGCGAAACAUCAUUGACCUUUGCUAGGUGGUACGGAUCGACGGGGCGAUCCGCAGCACAGAGCAAUGGUGGUGGUUCGGGUAUUGACUCGGCCUCUCCCUGCCGCUGUUCUCAGUGGUGGCAGUGGAAGCAUUUUGCGUUUUGGAAACUUCAGUAGGACAGUAUCAGAGUUGGUUCUAGGGAGUCUGGAGUCAUCUAUGUUUUUUGUUGGCUGGCUCAUGGUUUUUGGUAUCAAGUUGGUUUUUGUUACGGUAGAUGUCAGAGCCCCCGCUUUAUGUUUCUGCUAGUUAUAGUCUGAUAGUCGCGAGCUCAGUCAAUGUCUGACAAAUGCAGCAUUGUAUGGUUGAGACUCGGAUCACUAUUUAUAUGGAAAUAGUAGUUAAAGAAACAGUGGUUUAUGGACGUGUUUGAAACAAA